AUGGCGGACGAUGGGUUUGUCGUGGCAAAAGAAAAAUACGGAUCAUGCUCUUURGAAAGAUCGUAUAAGUUCUCCGCUGAAAAUGGAAAUUUGCAGAGGACACAUCAAGGCAAAGAAUCUCUUGGAUCGUCCAUACUGCUUUUUUUUAAGUUGGCUUUUCUACCUCAAGGGUAUCCAGAGAGUGUUAGUAAAGAUUAUCUUCAGUACCAAAUAUGGGAUACACUUCAGGCAUUCUGCUCAUCCAUAACUGGAACGUUAGCAACACAAGCGAUGUUGAAGAGUUAUGGGGUUGGUGAUGAAAAAGCAUCGAUUAUUGCUGCUACGAUGACAUGGAUACUGCGCAAUGGCUCUGGAAUGGUAGGCAGUAUAGUWUUUGCUUGGAUGCAGGGAAGUGGACUUGAUUGCAAUGCUAAAAAGUGGAGAUUAUUUGCUGACAUCCUCAAUGAUGUAUCCAUCUUAGUAGAACUCUUAUCUCCCUACUUCAAAGCUUACUUCAUCUAUCUUGCCUGUUUGUCUAGUAUCGCCAAGUCCAUAGUUGGAGUAGCUGGUGGAGCAACAAGAGCAGCAUUGACYCAGCACCAGGCAAGAAGAGACAACAUGGCUGAUGUUGCAGCUAAAGAUGGCAGUCAGGAAACACUGGUGAAUCUUAUGGCAUUGCUUGCAGGACUUGUGAUAACACCUUUGGUAUCUGGACAUACACAACUGACAUGGACGUUGUUCUUCAUCUUCACCUUCUUGCACCUGUAUUCAAAUUUUCGUGCCGUAUCUUCUGUUGUCAUGGAAACAGUAAACAUUACUCRCCUCCGUAUACUCAUGGAAGAGUUUCUCAAGGGUGGACGAAUACUYACUCCUGAAGAAGUUGCCCUUAGAGAACCUGUUAUAUUUGGAUUUUCAGUUGGGGAAUGUCUUACGAUAAAUCUUGGUACACAAUUUCAGUGUGUUGUACAAAAUGCACAAGAUUUCAAGCUGGCCUUACCAAACUCACCCGAUGCCAAGUACCUAAUGAAAAUGAACUUGGAGACUACAGCCAAAUCUGGGAAAGUCCAUAUCGUUCUCCAUGAGACUUCAGAAGCUAUUGAUCAUAUUCAGAGCUGCUUUCAAGCUGUAGUGCUGGACUUUAUUAUAAGAACACCUCGUCUGACAUUUGAACAGCAAAUGAUUGACCCAAUGAGACCCAUGACUUCUGGUUCAUCUGCGCUUGGUGCUCUACACAAUUACUGGUGGCAAGAAAGAAGUACUUCCCCUGAAUGCUGCUGGGAUAUGAUAGCACAGGCUCACAACUUUACGCUUCAAGCAUUCCCAGGAUUCAUUGCGAACCUGGAGAAGGCAGGAUGGGUGUCCACACGAACUCAUUUAGGGCCAAAUGAGUGGCGUGCCAUUUGGAAUUCAAAGGGAUUCGAAGUCAAAAAACUUAUUUAAAUUAUAGAYGACAUCAAAAUAAAUUAAUUCAUAAAAGAAAUAAGUUGUAAAGAUAAUACUUAUGAUGAUGGAUUCUACUUGCUUGUCUUAACCCUUCUGUGUUUCCAAGACAACCGUUGGAAGCCUUUUAAUUGGCCAAGCCAUCUACYAAUGAGAGAUUUCUUCUUCGGCAGCUUGUGUACUCCUCCCCUCUACCAGGAGGGGAGGGGGAAGGAGACAAGUUGGAGAGUGGAAGAUGGGGAUAUCUAGAACCACUUUUAUAUCUUUUCGUAAACGAAAGCUUAAAGCUAUAUUUUAUGUAUGUGCAUAAAAAGAACUGAAGUAACGGGUGGAAUAUUUUCCAGAAUAUUAAAGAUUUGGAUUAAAAGUUUUAAAAGAGA